UUAAAUUGAAGCUUUUGUAAAUUAUUUCAAUAAAAAUGACAAGUACUCAUGCAAAACAAAUCAGACGCUCUCAAAUGAAAAGGAAUAAACUGAAGCCAUUCAGCUCAGUCAUAGAAGCUGAUCAGAUGGACCAGAAAUGCUUUCAAGACAUUGAUAUGGAUGAAGUGAAGAACUUUAAGAUCAGUGACUUCCAAUAUGGCAAUGAGAUCCCUGACUUCCUUGGCUUCAUUGAUAAAUAAAUCAUCUUAUUGGGAGGUCUUCUACAGGAAGUUGAUGAAUAACCAGGAAGAUAAAACCCUAGUUGAUUACAUCAAUAUACAGAAAGAUUUUAAGAGACAAACUAAUUCUGAUAAGAGAAAAUCUAAACUCAAAAAUUUUCUUAACCGAAGUCAAGCGAAUGCUGGAUUUAGCUCUUUUGCGUAUCCUGCUCAUACACCACUUCUUGAUUCAAUAAAAGGAUUUCGUACCUAAAAA